CAGUAAUUCUCGAGCUGAGCACAAAAUCAAAUUUCCGACACAAAUUCUAGCGCUCUUGCGAUUCGUUUAUUGAAAAAAAAAUCUAGUGAUUCAAGUUUAAUAACAAAUUUAAUAAACAAAUAAUAAAUAUGUCUGGUGAUGUUCAACCUAGAAAGCGAAAAGAUAAAAGACGUAAAAAAGCGGAAGGAGGUUAUAUUAUUCAAAGGAUACAAGAUGCAAGUUUCGAUGAAGAGGAUGCUGGUACACCACCACCAACAUUAAUAAAUCCCUCUGAAAAUAUAGAAAAUCUUACAAUACAUAUUCAUAAAGAGAGUAGCACAGGUGGACAUUGGUGUGCAAGGAUUAUUUUUUUUACCCUCUCCGCUAUUCUCAUUGGAUUAAUCGGAAUUAUUAUUUUUGAAUAUCGAGGAGCAACGGAUGUUGAUACGCCCAUUGUCAGUUCAAAAUGGGCAAUGAUCUUCGAUGGUUGGGUGGAUGAAUCAAUUUUCCAGAAUCAUGAUCAUGAGGCGGAGCAUGAUGACCAAAGUGCAGAAAAGUCUGAAGAGGAUGAAGAUCAUGAUGAGGGCAUUGGUAGCGAAGAAGGAUCGCAGCAAGAAGAUGAAGAUGAGGAACAUGAGGAGGAAAUAGAUAAGGAUGAAGAAUCCGCAGAAGAGGAGCAAGAAGAAGAAAAUGAGGAAGAAGAAGAUGAGGAGGAAGAAGAAGUCGACUAUGAAGAAAGUGAAGAAAUAGAGAAGGAUUUAUCAAAUUCACCUGAUGAGGGUGAAAUGUUGAACAGUGAAGAAAACCAGGAAAUGGAAAAUGAUGAGGGUUACGAAGAGGAAGAAGGCUCCGAUGAAAAUGAUCCUGAAGACCAAAAUAGCGAUGAAGAGAGAGAUAAUACCGAAGAAGAUAAUGUAAAUGACGAUGAAGAAAACGAACUAACGGAUUCAAGUCCAGAAGAGGUAAAGAGUGCAAAACAAACAUUACAUGAAGAAGACAUUGAUGAAUUCCCCGAAAUCCCUGGAAUCGAAAUACCUAGUGCUAAACAAAUACACGAAGAAAAUCCCGAUGAGGAUGAUUCGAAUGAAACAGAAACACUAGAUGACGAUGAUGAUGAUGAUGAUGAUGAUGAUGAUAAGCAGGAAAAUGAAGAAGAAUCAAGUGUGGCAGUAAAGUUGGGAGUUGGUGUUGCACUUGCCAUCGCUGCUCACUUUGUUCUCGUGAAACGAUGGAAUAACGGUGACAGUGACAUUCCGGAAAAGUUGAUUGGCGUCGAGGAUUUGUCUCACCGGUAUUCUAAUCCUCCUUCUCACAUUAAACAAACUUCGAAUAAGAAGUUGUCUCAAGAACCAACGAGUAAAAAACAAGUACAAAACUAUGAAGAUAUAAAAGCAAAGUACAAAGGUGCUGGAACUGAUGAUAAUAUGGAGAAUGUAAUGGUUAAAAAUAUUGCUAAUGCACAAACAGAAAAAGGAAUAAGAUACAAAGAGGAACCAAAGAGUCAAACUGGAACAAAAUUAGGAUUUGAAGAUGACUACGAAGAAUCAUCGGAAGGCGAAAUUGUUACAGAUUCAGAGGAACUUGAUGAUGAAGAGGAGGAAGACGAAGAAGAGGAUGAAGAAAUAGAAAAUGUUGACGAUAGUGAAUUGGUGGCCAAAUUAGAAGCCAAAUAUGGAAAAUUACCAACACCAGAAGGAAGUGAAGAGGAGGAGGAGGAAGAAGAAGAAGAAGAAGAAGAAGAAGAUUAUGAAGACGAAGAAGAAGAAGAAGAAGAGGAAGAAAAAGAGAAAGAAAAAGAAGUAAAAGGAAAAAAUAUUAAAGCAUGGAAACGAAAAUAGUACACGGGGGUCAUUUAUACCAAUUCCCCAUAAAAUGUACAAUAGAAAUUUUUUUUGCAAAAAUAUUUUAAAAUAUGUGUUUUUUGUAUCCGUUCCAUUAAUUGUUACUAGAAUAAGAAAUUAAACUGUUGUUACUCUGCAGAUUAUAGAUUUUUAACGUUUUAAUUUAACAAAUUAAAACAAGAUGUUUUAUAAUCUUAAAACAAAAACUUACCUCACUAAACGUAUAAAUUAUUAAAUCAAACAUUAGGAAUUACAAUUCCUUAUAAUCAUUGAAGCCAAAACAAAGACUUGACAUAUAAUUUCAAGAUUUUUCACAUUCAUCGGGGCAAUUAUUAUGGCCUUGAUGCAAUUAUUAUUAUUAUUAUUAUUAUUAUUAUUUACAUCAUACUAGAAGAACGAAAUAUGAAAUCAAAUGUUUAUAUAAUCUGUUAAAAAUAGUGUCAAAGUAUUCUACAGCAAAGGUGAUUAAAAAAUAUUAGCUUUUGGUAAAGUUCUAACAUAUUUAAUUAAAUUAGAAUAAUUAUUUUGUAAUCAAGUGAAAGUAUUUAUCAUUUCGUGUCCCCGAGAAACCCAGCAAUUGGAUUUUAUUGAUACAUUUUCGAAAUUUUGAAAAUUCAAAAUGGC